UAGCACACCACUCUUCUAGACAAAAGCAAAAGGCAAAAGAUCUGCAAUAUGAAGAUGGUGAGAAUCUUGUUUUGGCCCUUCUUUGCAAUGCUAUCAUUAUCAGAUGAAAGCCAGAGCUCUAAAAUCGAAAUCAAAUAUAACUUUACUGAAAAAAAUUAUUCUUUGAUUCCAGAAAAUAUUGAUACAAAUGUUAAUAUACUUGAUCUCAGUUACAAUCAAAUUACACUGAACAUCACAGACAUAAAAACUCUACAGACAUACCUUCUACUCACUCAACUCUAUUUGAUUAAGAAUAGAGUCUCUAUCUUACAAAAUAAUAGUUUUGGUAAACACUCCAAUCUAGAAAUUUUAAACAUUUGUAGAAACUCCAUCCAUAUAAUACAACAGGAUGCCUUUGCAGGCUUAACUAAACUAAGACAGUUACAUCUCUGUCAAAAUAAAAUAUUACAACUAAAUCCUGAUAUAUUUGUGCCAUUAAAAAGCCUGACACUUCUAAAUCUGCAAAGCAAUUUAAUAAGCUAUUUUGAUGUGCCACAACUCUUUCAUCUAAAAGUAAUAACUUUAGAAGGGAAUCCAUGGAAUUGCUCUUGUAGUCUGCUGAAUUUGCUAAAUUGGAUGAGCACAUCAAAUGUGACACUAGAAAAUGAGGAUAUCACCAUGUGCAGUUACCCUACUAUCUUGAAGGGCUACAGCAUCAAAACAGCACCUUAUACAGUUGAAUGCCACUCAAAAUUUCCUUUAUCUACAAAUGAAGAUCUUUAUAUUAACUUUCAACUCAUUAGUGAUUCAACAUUUAACAGCUCUCUGAACAAUUUAACAGGAUAUUUAGAACCUGAACCUCUUGGGAAAAGUUGGGCUUUUCUUGUCAGUGUUGUAGUCACUGUAGUGAUUACUUCACUUCUCAUUUUUAUUGUUGUCAAAUGCCCAAUGUGGUAUAAUUUUCUACUUAGUUACCAUCAUCAUCGCCUAGAAGAGCAUGAAGCAGAAAUCUACAAAGAUGUUUUUACUGAAAAUACAAGCUCCCUUCCACAGAUACAUGAAGCAAAUUCAGAAGAAACAAUAAUAUUUAAACAACUAAAUUCAUUUGUAGUAGAUGAUGAUGGAUUUAUUGAAGAUAAAUAUAUAGAUACUCAAGAAUUAUGUGAAGAAAAUUAAUUACUAUCAGCAUUUGAUACUUCAAUGUUGAUUCACUCACAGUAUUAGACAGAUACUUUAAUAUCUGACAUACUACAGCUAAUGGCAACACACAU